AGGUAGUAAGGUUGAAAAUCAAAACCCUUAAUUUGUAGAGAGUAUACUAGCAGAGUGAAUCAGUGGAAAGCCCUAGACACACACAAACACUUCGCAAUGGCGCUUGUUAAUCAAACCCCUGACAUCUCCAGCGAACGAUAAUCCGGCCAAGAUGUUCGCACCCAAAACGUUGUAGCAUGCCAAGCCAUUGCAAACAUCGUCAAAACCUCAUUAGAUCCCGUCGGUCUGUCGACAAGAUCCGUGAUUCUCAUCUUCUUCACAUUCAUAUUCCUUUCAUUUUUCACUUUGCUACCAUACUCAAGAUGCUCGAAGUUGAACAUCUUGCUGCUAAGGUUUUGGUUGAGCUUGCUGAACUUCAGGAUAGAGACGUUGGAGAUGGUACUACUUCCGUCGUCAUUGUAGCUGCAAGGCUUCUUAAAAGAGCAAAUGAUCUUGUUAGGAAUAAGAUUCAUCCAACCUCAAUUAUAAGUGGCUAUAGGAUAGCUUGCUAUGCGAGAGGCUUAUAAAUACAUAGAUGAAAAGCUGGCUGCCAAGGUUGAAAAGCUCGGAAAAGAUUCACUAGUUAAUUGUGCCAAGACCAGCAUGUCCUCAAAGCUGAUAGCUGGUGACAGUGACUACUUUGCAAAUUUGAUAAAUGAAUAGGAGACCUUGAUCCAAAACUAAAGAAAGAGUUGUGAAUAUUGAUGAAGUCAAUUGUUAAAUUUUAGUAGAUGGGACAUGGUUAAAUAGUAUAGUACUAAUUUUGUAAAUCAAUUCUUCAUUUUGAAGAGUA